AUGACUGCGGCGACAAAGGCAAAUGCAAUCGAAUUCAUCAGACGCCUUCCAGCGGGCUUUCAGACGCGCGCAGGCGAAAGAGGUUCUCUGCUCUCCGGAGGCCAAAGGCAAAGAAUCGCGAUUGCUCGAGCCAUUAUCCGAGAUCCGGGAAUCUUGGUCUUGGACGAGGCGACGUCUGCGUUGGAUACAAAUUCAGAGGUAUUAGUGCAAGAUGCUCUGAAAAAAGCAUCACAAGGCCGGACGACCAUCGUUAUCGCUCACCGACUCUCAACCAUCCGAGAUGCCGAUAAUAUUGUGGUCAUGGCGAACGGGAAGAUCGUUGAGCAGGGAACCCAUGGAAACCUCAUUAAGAGACGAAGCAGUUACUUCAAUCUGGUCGAAGCUCAGCAGAUCCGGCAUGACCCAAGCGAGAAAGUGGGACUUCUUGCUCCUCCUGAGUAUUCUGACUCGGAAAAAGACGACAAGCAAGCCGCACCGGAGCAGCAUCCGACAAGACAGACUGCUCUCCUUGAAACCAGCACCGAGGCCCAGGAGGACGAUCAACGAACGGACAAAAGAGGUACGGAAACCUCUGGGCUGAUCCCAUUCAUUGUCCAAUUCAAUACGCAAGACAAAGGAUGGAUGACAAUUGGCCUUGUGAUGAGCAUAUUUGGCGGUAGUGGCACCCCAACUUCGGCGAUUUUCUUUGCGGAGUGCAUUCGAGCCAUGUCCAAGCCCCCUCGACUAUACCAAGAACUCCGAGACGAUGUCAACUUUUGGGCGCUGAUGUACUUAUGGCUGGGAAUAUUUCUAUUUGUCGUCAAUGUCUGGAGGGACCGAGCCUUCGCCAAGUGCUCGGAGAGAAUGCUAUUUCGGGCGCGCGACACGGCGUUCCGAAGCAUCCUGCGACAGGAAAUAUCCUUCUUUGAGUCGAAGACUACCGGAUCCCUCAUAUCAUUCCUGGCCACGGAAACGACAAACAUAUCUGGCUUCAGCGGACCAAUCCUGGGAACAAUCCUAUCCAUGUCGACUUGCAUCGUCGCUGCAAUUAUCCUGUCAAUCAUUUUCAGUUGGAAACUUGGUUUGGUUUGCACAUCGACCGUGCCAUUUCUCCUAGCUUCAGGGUUCCUGCGCUUCUACAUGCUCAGCUAUGCGGAAGCGAAGUCUAAGGCGGCGUAUGAACAAUCAGCAAGCUACGCCUGUGAAGCGCUCUCUGCAAUCCGGACAGUCGCAUCUCUCGGACGCGAGCAAAACGUUCUCGAGGAAUAUACGCGCCAGCUGAACGUUCAGAGCCGCGCAGCACUCAAAACAGCAGCUUACUCUGCUGUGCUGUAUGCUGCUUCGCAGGCCCUUCCUUUUUUCUGCAUAGCCCUGGGCUUCUGGUAUGGCGGCACUCUGGUCAGUCAGCGCGAGAUCACCUUGUUUCAAUUCUUUGUAUGUUUCACCGAGAUCGUCUUCAGUGCCCAGGCAGCAGGCUCUAUGUUCGCAUCAACUCCAGAUGUAGCCAAGGCUCGAACGGCGGCUGCGUCGCUGAAGGAGAUAUGUGACCGAAAACCCUCCAUUGACACAUGGUCCAUCGAGGGCCUUCCAGUUCGGUCGGUGACAGGUGCAAUCGAGUUUCAGGCUGUGUCUUUCCGUUAUCCGGGCCACAAUCACCAUGUUUUGCGCGAUAUCGAUAUCAAAAUCUUGCCGGGACAGUAUGUUGCCCUCGUUGGAGCUAGUGGAAGCGGGAAAUCUACCUGCAUAUCUCUCUUGGAGAGGUUCUACGACUGUUCCACGGGACGUAUUAUUGUCGACGGGAAGGAUAUUCGAUCGUUGAACAUCAAUCAGUAUCGCUCUCAUGUCGCCCUUGUCAGUCAAGAACCAGUUCUCUACCAUGGAACCAUCAGGGACAAUAUCCUUCUAGGGACAAGUGGUAACAUUUCAGAGCAAGCCCUCUACCAGGUGUGUCGGGAGGCUAACAUAUACGACUUCAUCAUAUCUCUUCCUGACGGGUUUGAGACUACGGUGGGCACGAAGGGAGUCUUGCUGUCUGGCGGACAGAAGCAGAGGAUCUCGAUUGCAAGAGCGUUGAUCAGAAACCCUUCAAUUCUACUUCUCGACGAAGCAACCUCAGCUCUUGACUCGGAGUCCGAGAAGAUCGUCCAGGCUGCCUUGAACCAGGCCUCCAGGGGACGAACUACGGUCGCCAUAGCUCACCGCUUGAGUACCAUUCAGGACGCUGAUCACAUCUACUUCCUUGAGAAUGGCGCAAUCGUCGAGGAAGGUAACCACACGUCGUUGAUGGACGCAGGAGGUCGCUAUGCCGAGUUGGUCAGUCUGCAGAAGCUCGGUACAUAA